CGCCGCCGGGGAGGAGCCGCCGCGCUCGCAACGCCUCCGACACCCGGCCCCGGCCCCGGCCCCGGCCCCGCCGCUCUCCGGCCCCGGCAGAUAAAACUUGGGUUGUUUGAAAAGUGGAGAGAUAUUUCACCGUGGUGAAAAAGAAGAUACAGAAGAGGAGAGCAGAAUGAGAGCUUUGCAAGUGCCACAUGCCUGCAGCUUGCUGUCUUUAGUGAUGCUGUUCCUUCCAGUCACUGGAACGUCAAAACAAAAUAUCCCAAGACUGAAGCUUUCCUAUAAAGACUUGCUGCUUUCAAACAGCUGCAUCCCAUUCCUGGGCUCAGCAGAGGGGCUUGAUUUUCGAACCCUGCUGCUAGAUGAGGAGAGGGGUCGGCUGCUAGUCGGGACAAAGGACCACAUCUUCCUGCUCAACUUGAUUGAUGUAAACAAAAAUGUAAAAAAGAUUUACUGGCCUGCAGCAAAAGAGAAGGUAGAAUUAUGCAAAUUAGCUGGGAAAGAUGCCCAGACAGAAUGUGCCAAUUUUAUCCGCGUUCUUCAGCCGUACAACCGGACCCAUGUUUAUGUCUGUGGCACAGGAGCGUUUCACCCUCUCUGUGGAUACAUUGAACUUGGAACUCACAAAGAGGAGAUGGUGUUCCGUUUGGAUACCCAGAACCUGGAGUCUGGCAGGUUGAAGUGCCCCUUCGAUCCCCAGCAGCCAUUUGCUUCAGUGAUGGCAGAUGAGUAUCUUUAUGCUGGAACAGCUUCUGAUUUCCUUGGCAAAGACACUGCUCUGACACGUUCUCUGGGCCCUUCUCACGACCACCAUUACAUCAGAACUGACAUUUCUGAACAUUACUGGCUUACUGGAGCAAAAUUCAUUGGGACUUUUCCUAUCCCAGAUACCUAUAACCCAGAUGAUGAUAAAAUCUACUUCUUUUUUCGAGAAAUAUCUCAAGAUAGUGGCACAUCUGACAAGACCAUCCUUUCCAGAGUUGGGAGAGUUUGUAAGAAUGAUAUGGGAGGCCAAAGAAGCCUAAUAAACAAGUGGACAACUUUUCUGAAAGCCAGGCUUGUGUGUUCCAUACCUGGUCCUGAAGGGACAGACACACAUUUCGAUGAGCUGCAAGAUAUAUUCUUACUUUCUACAAGAGAUGAGAGAAACCCUCUUGUUUAUGGAGUCUUCACUACAACAAGCUCGGUGUUCAAGGGCUCUGCAGUGUGUGUGUACAGCAUGGCCGAGAUCAGGGCCGUGUUCAAUGGCCCCUACGCGCACAAGGAGAGCGCCGAUCACCGCUGGGUGCAGUACGAGGGCCGCAUCCCCUACCCCAGGCCUGGCACAUGUCCCAGCAAAACCUACGACCCGCUCAUAAAGUCCACCAGGGACUUCCCUGACGAGGUGAUCAGCUUCAUCCGGCGGCACCCGCUGAUGCACAAGGCCGUGUACCCGGUGACGGGCGCGCCCGUGUUCACGCGCAUCAACGUGGACUAUCGCCUCACGCAGAUCGUGGUGGACCACGUCAUGGCAGAGGAUGGCCAGUACGAUGUCAUUUUCCUAGGAACAGAUGUAGGCACAGUCCUGAAGGUUGUGAGUAUCACAAAGGAGAAGUGGACCAAGGAGGAGGUGGUCCUGGAAGAGCUGCAGAUAUUCAAGCAUCCUUCAGUUAUCUCGACCAUGGAGAUUUCUCAGAAACAGCAACAAUUGUACAUUGGUUCCAGGGAUGGAUUGGUUCAGCUCUCUCUGCACAGAUGUCACACGUAUGGGAAGGCUUGUGCAGACUGCUGCCUUGCCAGAGACCCAUACUGUGCCUGGGAUGGAAACUCUUGUUCCAGAUAUGCCCCCACUUCUAAAAGGCGAGCCAGAAGGCAGGAUGUCAAGUAUGGAGACCCAGUUGCACAGUGCUGGGAUGUGGAAGACAGCAUUAGUCAUGAAACUGCUGAUGAAAAGGUGAUUUUUGGCAUUGAAUUUAAUUCCACUUUUCUGGAAUGUACUCCUAAGUCCCAGCAAGCCUCUAUUAGGUGGUAUGUUCAACGCUCUGGAGAAGAACAUCGAGAAGAGCUGAAGGCUGAUGAAAGGAUCAUUAAAACGGAGCAUGGGCUGCUGAUCCGCAGCUUGCAGAGGAGGGACGCGGGAGCCUAUUUCUGCAAAGCCCAGGAGCACACCUUCGUGCACACCAUCGUGAAGCUGAACUUGAACGUCAUCGAGAACGGACAGAUGGAGAGCACCCAGAAGACUGAGGACGAGGAGGGCCGCGUGAGGGAUUUGCUGACGGAGUCCCGGCUGAGGUACAAGGACUACAUCCAGCUGGUCAGCAGCCCCAGCUUUAGCCUGGAUGAGUACUGUGAACAGAUGUGGCACCGCGAGAAGCGGCGGCAGCGGAACAAAGGUGGUGCCAAGUGGAAGCAUGUGCAGGAGAUGAAAAAAAAGCGAAACCGAAGGCACCACGAGCCAGCCAGGCCACACUCGACGUAGUUUGUAAAUGCUAUUUAAAGAAAGGACAUUUUCCAUAAGAAAAAAGAAAUACUGUGUUCUGGUUUUGUGCAUCUUGCCUAUGAGUUAGUACUGCUUCUUCUUGAAAUCGGAAAAUUUACCAUCACUGUUAAUCUGUGUGAGAAUGUACAGUGGGAUUCAAUGCCAAAUGAGAUGUUCCUUAGUGGAGUGCUGCAAACCAGGCAAUCAUUUCAAAUGCAUUCAUUAAAAAAGAAAAUGUGUACACUUUUAGCUAAUUUCUGGGUAGCCUUAGACUGCGUGAGCUGUGUUCUUUACUUCCUUUGUAAUUUUCACAUAGGGUUUAGUGUUUGUGUUCCCAUAUUAACAUUUGCUGCCACAUUCCACCCCAGAGGUGGCUACAUUUCAGGGGAAGGCAGAUGUAGUUCCAGUUCUUUGGCAUCUUUCUGAAUAAGAAGCAUGGUAGAAAUGUGUGACAGAUCUGCAAAAAUACCCCUAAUUUACCCACUGGGCCUGUAUACAGGCACACGGGUGGGGUUUGCUAGCACAGAGAGGCCCAGCAAAAAAUCAAAUUAAGUUUUGGCUUAGGGACAGCAUUCAUUCUGCCCAUAAAAAAGAGAAAGCAUAAUCAGAGUUUAAGAGAGGGGAAUUAUCGAGUGUUACUCGUUAGUGUUUGAGUAGCCACCAGUUUGCAGUCCAUCUGCUGAAAUGAAAUGCUGACUCUAAUUGAAAUUGCCACCGAGAUGCUUGGGAGCAAAUUUCCUAAGUGGUCCAUGGGAGGUAUGUGCACAAAUCCUAUUAACAAAUAAUGGGACUCCUGCCUGCACCUCUUCUAUGCCUCUAAAGGUUUGACUUUGACUGUUUCUCUGGCCCUUUGCUGGCUUUGUUUUAUGCAGAGGAAAAGAAAAUUAAAAGACAACAACAAGGCUAAAAUGAAAGACGAUGAGGGAAAUAUGUAGUGGCUGAGACCAGUGCUCUUGACACAGAGCUGACAUUCCUCAGAUGUGUGUAUUCUUUGGGAUUUUUUCUCAAAGGUCUUAUGUAUUUUUAAGUUGAAAAUUUGCAUUGUUGAAAUUAAUACUUUUAUUAUAAUUAAAUAAGAGAUGUCCACGUGUAAAUAAAACUUGUAAGUUAGAUAUUUGCUGUAUACCAUAAUUUCAUUUGUAAAGUGUUCCUUGUUCUUUGGUUUAUAUUUUGGGUUUAAUAAUGUAAAUUUUUACACAUAAGCAAGAAA